GCGCUGCUGCGGUCAAUAACUCACCAGGAGGCUGCUAUUCUCCCUCCGCUUCCCACCCUCCCACUCCUCCCGGGAGCUCCGCAUUCAUGCCUUUUCGGCCCUCCCUCGGCAGCGAGUGAGGAAUAAAGCGGUGCGGGCUGAGCACGACGCGGGCUGCGCUGGGAUGCUGGGAGCCAGCGAGGGAAGCCUGAAUCACCGGCACCUCAAGGAUUUUUAGAUGUGCCCUGAUGCCGCAGGGUCUCCUGGCUCCUGGAAAUGCAGCUCUCUUCCAGCGUGGCUGAACUCAGCUGUGACGAGACAAUGGACCCACCCGCUGAGGACUUCCAGCAGGUCCUGUCCAUUGACCAAAUCCGCUCCAUCCGUGCCAGCAACAACUACGUGGAGAGACCGGCGGCCUGCUUCCAGCAAGCCCGCUCCAACCCCUCCCUGGCCCAGCCACCGCACAAGCAGGAGUGGUCCCAGGACCGCCUGGUGUCUUCCACCUUCCAGGACCUGCACCGCAGCCACAGCCAACAGCACCAGAUGCCGCCUUUGCAGCCACACCUGAGCCAUUCCAGCACGGCCAGCUCGGUCUCCCAGAGCACCACCGCCUCCGACCAGCGCCUCCUGAGCAGCCUGACGCCCUCCCACUCCGGGCACUCCCUCAUCCGGACGCAGCCCCGCGCCGGCGAGCUGAAGGCAGAGGAGUCGCCGCUGAAGGGGGGCUCGGAGAAGCCCACCCUGCACAGCGGCCACCUCUUCAUCUGCGAGGAGUGCGGGCGCUGCAAGUGCGCGCGGUGCACGGCCGCCCGCAGCCUGCCCUCCUGCUGGCUCUGCAACCAGCGCUGCCUCUGCUCCCCCGAGAGCCUCCUCGACUACGGGACCUGCCUCUGCUGCGUCAAGGGGCUCUUCUACCACUGCUCCACCGACGACGAGGACACCUGCGCCGACGACCCCUGCUCCUGCGGGCCGGGGUCCUGCUGCGCCCGCUGGGCUGCCAUGAGCUUCCUCUCCCUCCUCAUGCCCUGCCUCUGCUGCUACUUUCCUACCCUGGGGUGCCUCAAACUUUGCCAGCGGGGUUAUGACGGCCUCAAACGACCCGGCUGCCGCUGCCAGAGCCACACCAACACGGUCUGCAGGAAGAUCUCCUCGUCCAGCGGCACGCCCUUCCCCAAAACACUGGACAAGCCGGUAUGACCCUCCCGGCGAGGAGAAGCAGGCUUUGCUCCUCUUCCUCCCACUCCUCCUCCUCCUCCUUCUCCUCCUCCUCUCUCCUCCAUCCCCUUCCUCCCUCGGCUCCCUCCACGCUGCAGUGCUCCCCCUUACCCACCAUCACCUUCUGGGAAUGAGACGGGUGAGCUGAGGGUCUCCCAGGCCUCAUGACAUCCUGGCUGGGUGGCCGGGGGAACUGGCACCAAGCUGGGGGAAACAGUGGUUUUGCACAUGUGGGAGAGGGACAGGAGAGGCAGAGCGAGCUGUGGGUGCCCUCCCUGGCUGUAUCCCACAGGGAAAGGUGACCCAGAGGGUCUUUGGGACUCUGCCCCCAUGGGAAGGGCGACCAGGGGGUCCUCAGGAUUCUGGUCUGAGCAGGUUUAGGAGCUGCUCCACAGUGUGGUCCUUCUCCAUGGGGGAAAGAGGCAGGUCAAUGUACCCCCUGUGCAAGAGCCCCCCGGGAGCCAGACCACCUCCUCUCACUCUUUCUCCCUCUCCAGCACUUUCCAUGGGUGGCCUUUCUCCUCUCAGGUGGCCGUAGGCCCCCUUUCCUGAGGGGCCGGCGUGCUGUGGGGUCUCACCAGUGGCAGCGCCUUCCCUCCAGGCUUGGGAGCUGCUGGGAGAAGUGAGAGAGCUCCAAAAUGAAGUGACACCGUGUUUUUCUGUCUCAAAGAGGAAGGGAAGGUGUGGGAAGCUUUAGAAACCUUCUGGCAGGGGAAGGAGCUAUCGGAGGCAGCCCAGCCCACUCGCUCCUGCCCGACUGCAGCGAGGGAAAGGUCCCCUCUGGGAUUUGGCUGAGAACAAGGAGCUGGUUGGAAAUUGCCAUUCAUUUCUCCAGGCCUUGGAGGGCUGCCUGGGGUGGGAGCUGCCGCCUGGCUCCGUCCCACCACCGAGCAGAUGCUGCAGGCACCAGCUCUGUGCUUGAAUCCCAAUCUGGUACCUUCCACCAGCACUGAAUUCACUUUAAAAAAGCGCAUGGCCAAGUCAACUGUCAGCAGCCACUGCUCCGGGGACUCCCCAGCAGGGGCUUCUGUCACCCUGCUUCGGGCAGGAGGACACGGAGAGCACGGAGGGGUGUCAAAACUGGGGACUCCGACCUUCCCUCCCUGUAGAUGUUCUGUUUGAGUCCUCACCCUGCUGAGGGUUCUGCGCGGACAAACAGGAAUGGGUCUGGACCAAGCCCCAGGGCUGGGUCAUCUGCAGAGCAGACGGACACCCGAAUCCGGGUCAGGGCUUCGUGUUCCCUUGCUGGGAUGAUAAUAAGCCCAACUGGUUGCUGAUGUUGGAGGGCUCCUCCUGGCCCCGAGCUCAGCCCCAUCUCCACGCGGCACCAGCUCCCCGUUGUGACCCCACCGGCACCAUGCAGGGAAGUUUGGAGCUGGGUUGGUGGCCUGGAGCUCAGCUCUGCCUGCCUGUCUCUCUUCUGAGGUGUGUGAGCACAGAGACAAGCGAAUGGUUCCCCUGGAGAAACACAUGCAACACACCCCUGGCUUCCCCAAGACCCUGCACCCAGGGCUCACCCGUUGCCUCCUCCCAGCCACCUCUUUCCGUAGAGUUCUGUGGAUCUAUUUUUGUACAUAUAAAUAUAACGUUAGGAUGGGUAGGUCUCUUACUAAUAAUAUUCAUGAAACUGCUGUGAACGGUACCAGGUGCAAGGUUUGGCUUCCUGGUACACUUGCACAUGGUGGAAAAGAUGAUUUCCCAGUCUGUUUAUUGCUAAUCCUAGACCCUUAGUUCCUAGGUCGUCGGGAGAGGGGGAAAGGCAGGUGUAUGGAUUGUCCAGGAGGGUCUGCUGUGCAGUGAGGGGGUGGGAUUCAGUGCUGGCUGUGGGGGGAGGCAGAGGUGGACUCUUCACAGUGGGAUUCCUCUUUCCACCCAUUUGCUAUCUGAAAACCAUGGAGGAUCGAAGCUCCCUCUUUUGCAGGGAAAAGUGGAUCCAGGGAGUGAUUCAUCCCGUUUGGAAGCAUUAUUCAUGAAAUUCUGCGCUGGCAGUGCCUCACUCCCUUGACUCAAAUGGCACCCAAACAUUGAACUUGAGGUUCCCUGUGGAAGGGAGGAUGAGUCCCAUUCCUGGUGGGAAGUUUGUACCUGGAGGAUGUCAUGGACAUAAGCAAAAUCCUCGUCCUGAUUUCACCCAGCCCCUGAGGGGUGAUGUGGAAAGAUCUGGACAAAGAUGGACAACCUGCUUCCCUAAGGUGGGGGGAUCUCAGGACGAUGCUCUCGGACACAGAAGGAUCUCCUGGCAUUAGGAAGGAAGAGGGCCCCACAUUCUCUGAGGCCACCCCUGAAAUCUGGAAUUAUUUGGAUUUUAAAGCCAUGACCUUUUCAGAGGAUGCCCCGUAGGAGAGUGAAUCCCCCUAAGAUCAGGCCGUGUGGCAGCAGAUAUUAAAUAUGUUGCCAAUGUAUUUAUCCAUAUGCCAGUAAUUGCUUGGCUCCCUGCUUCCAAGCCAUGUUGGGGAGAGGGGCUUCCACCAAGAGGCACCUUCCUUUGGAAGGCUUGAUUCGCUCUUCUAUUGGUGCUGAUUAAACUCCUUCUUCCUAAAAAACAGACAAUAUUUUUAGGGAAGAAAGGUCCCCUUUUCACUGUGGAUUGGAGGAACUGUCUCCCUUGAAUGAGAAUGUGAAACAGUUCAUUGAAACUUUUUAAAGAGAACUAAUGAACAGAAUUUUCCAACUUGCUCUACUUUGAUUUUUUUUUUCUUCCUCCUUUUUAAACGGAUCCCACUCGUAAAUUUAGUUACCACCUCUGUAUCUUUGCAAUUCAUUGCUUCCUCUCCUGAUGGUGGAAUGACUCAACAUGUGAAGCUUCAUCAUUUUCACGGCCUCCCCAAGUCAUGCGAGUGCGGGGUGACCUCCCCCAGGUGCUGGAGCUGGGGGAUGAGGAGAUGGCUGUCCAUGGAUCAGCUCCCCAGAGCCAGCUUUGCUUGGCACGGCUCUUGCAGCACAUUUACCUUCAGGAAUUGGUGGGAGGCCAGGAUGCCUGCCAGGAGCCUUCCACCUAAUGGGCUUUUUCUGGGUCAGUGCAGAAGCCCCAUUUCUACCAGGGAACGGUGCCACAGCCUGGGUGAGGAUGAGGAGCGUGGCCAGGGCUCUGGAAUGUCUCAUCUCCAAGAAAUGAUAAACCUGUGAGAUAUAUUUUAGGAAAUAUUGGACAUGCAGGAAGAGAGGAAUUUAAAAGCCAUGUAGAUGUGCACUUGGGGACAUGGUUUAGUGGUGGGCUUGGCAGUGCUGGGGGAUGGUUGGACUCAAUGGUCUCUGAGGGCUUUUCCAACCUAAAUGAUUCCAUGAUUCCUUGAACUGGGGAGGAGGAGGAGAGCCCCAGAUGGGCACUGAGGGCUGUCAGACCAGCUUUGGUUUGACUGAGGGCAGACACAAAGCUACAGGCAGGACUUGCAGGGGCUGCAGGAGUUCAGAGCUGUGGGGGCAGGUGGCUUCACCGGGGUUACUGCUCCCUGCUCCACCUGCAGUGCUCAGCACGCUCCCCUGCCUUGCUUUCAGCAGGCAGGAGAAGCUGGGAUGUGCCAGAAGCUCUCCAGAGGAGGCCAGCUCUGCUUCACUGAGCUCAUCCGCUGUGGGGAAAGCUGUGGGCAGCCUCGUAUUCUUUCCCUGAGCUUUUCCUAACAUCUUCUGACCAGAUCCGUCCUGCUCCCUCCCCACCUCCGGCUGCCAGACAGUUUGGUUUGCCUGCAGAGAGGACUCUGGUUCUUGUUGGGGUUGUGAGCCCCUUUCCUGCCCCACCCUCAGUGAGUCAGAUCACAUCUGCUCUGGGUGUUUGUUUGCAGCUGCUUGUCCCGGCAGUUGGGGUUUCUCUCUGUCCUGACGUGUCUUUUUUGGUUUUCUUUUGGGAGUGUCACAUGUCGAGCCCUCUGCUCUCCCACAGGGAUGGAUCCGCUUCGUGAGGGAACAUUUCUGUGCUCUGUGUCUCUGCUGGUCGUGGGCUCCUUUGCCAGGGAAUGUGCAGGGCUGUGGGCAGAUGUAGACAGGGAAAGAGAUUCAGGUGCCAAAGGAGCAGGAGGCAGGAGCUGCUGAGCGGGACCUGAGCUCCCCCUGCUCCUCUCCCCAUCCAAACCUCCAAAGCUCCAUCCACACAAGAGGUUCUGCUGGGGUUUGUUCCUGGCUUCCCUUGGUCCCACUCCCCUCCUUCCCCACUGGCGAAUCAGUCCCAGCACAGGUGAGGAGGAGUCAUGGGAACAAGGCUGGAGUCCCCCUCCCAUCCCAGCUCCCAAACUCUCCUGGUGGAGGGGCAGGAGUGGUCCUUAAUAGAGAGAGAUGAGCCAGGAGUGAGGGGAGCUGCCGUGGGAUUUUGCACAGGGAAGGAGCCCACUGUGCCCCAAACUCGCCAUUCCCAGCACCCCUGUUAGUUCCCUCUGUCUCUGGCCUUUGGGUGUUUUUAGGCUGGAAAAAGCUGGGAGGCCUUCAGGUCUGAUGUUUGUGAUCAGCAUGUGAUAAGGGCUGUGCCCCCAUCCCAAAGCCCAUCCUUGGUCUCUAACAGGAUCCAGCUCAGGUUUGUCUCUUCCAAGGAGCCCGUGGAGCCCAGGCCUGCAGGAUGCUCCCAGCAGCUGGACACACCUGGUCCAGGUGGGCCAAACCUGAGCUGGGACCUCUUGGGGCUCAGUCUGCUUGGGGGGAUUGCCCCGUGAGCAUCGGGAUCUCCUGCAAACUCUCUCCCCGAGUCAGGUUGGGAGCUCGUGCAGGUGGGAUCUGUUCUGCUUGGGGUGGCAUUGCAGAAGAAUGCCCUGAGGGUAGAAUCCAGGGUCUCCAGUCCCCUUGGAGGGGACUGCAGGCAGAAGAGGGAUGUUGGGUGGAUGGGAAGAGAUCACACACCUCCGUGGGGCAGAGGGGAAGCGGGGUGAGGUUUCCUGGUGGGUCUCUCUCCUGCUGCACCCCAAAGGGCUGGACCAACCCCCCCCUGGAGAGCUGGGCCCUGGGAGAGGAGGGUUCUCAGCCCUCUGUCCUAAGGUGUGUGAGCAUCCCAGAGCUGGUUCCCGCCUUCCCUGCAGAGCCCCUGUCCCCCUUCCCCUCCCUCUCUCUCCAUCCCCAUCCGUUCCCUCGGGAUGCUCUGUGUCCUCCUGCCUCCCCAGGUGUCCUCAGCACAAAGUUCUCCUUGGAAGAUGCAUCACCCUGGGCUUCACAGGAGAGUCUCCUACCUGGAACUGAAGACUCUAAUCCUAUAUUUAUGGGUACACAAAUGUUCUGUACAGUGUGUAAAGAUCCCUCCCCCGGCUCUCUCCAUUCGGGCUCCUUUCUAUAAGGUAUAAUAUAUGUUUAUAACCCGAUGACUGGUUUUUUUGACAAUACUCUUGUACCUUUUAAGAGAAAAAAAAAAUAAAAAAACCAAAGUAUUUAUUUGAAAAGUUUAUUUUAAAGAUAAGAAAAAAAAUAACCUAUUUAUUUUACUGCACCCUCUUCUGUUUGGUUUCCUUCUCUUGCAAAGCUGAUAACUGUUACAGAACCACUGCUGAGAUGAAAGAAGUGAUUCUAUGGUGGCUUCACAAGCCCACUUAGAGCAACUAUUCAAUAAAAAUAUAUAUUAAUUUUGAA